AUGGGUUCAGCAACAACCUCAACCUUGCCUCCGGACUUUCUCUGGGGUUUCGCGACUGCCAGCUAUCAGAUUGAAGGCGCCGUAACCGAAGAUGGCCGUGGUCCAUCCAUCUGGGACACAUUCUGCAAAAUCCCGGGCAAGAUAGCCGGAGGCGCCAACGGAGACAUAGCCUGCGACUCCUACCAUCGCACAGCGGAAGACAUCGCACUGUUAAAAGAAUGCGGUGCCCAAGCCUACCGCUUUUCAAUCUCAUGGUCACGCAUCAUCCCCCUAGGAGGGCGCAACGACCCCAUCAACGAAAAGGGAAUUCAACACUACGUCAAAUUCGUCGACGACCUCCUAGCAGCCGGGAUCACACCUCUUGUGACACUCUUCCAUUGGGAUCUGCCCGAUGAACUCGACAAGCGGUACGGUGGACUCCUAAACAAGGAGGAAUUCGUAGCGGAUUUCGCACACUACGCUCGAGUCAUGUUCCAGGCCCUGGGCUCAAAAGUCAAGCAUUGGAUUACCUUUAAUGAGCCAUGGUGUAGUAGCGUUCUCGGGUAUAAUGUCGGGCAAUUUGCUCCGGGUCGGACGAGUGAUCGGAGUAAGAGCGCCGAGGGGGAUAGCUCGAGGGAGUGCUGGAUUGUGGGUCAUAAUAUCCUUGUGGCUCAUGGGGCUGCGGUGAAGAUCUAUCGAGAGGAGUUUAAAGGUAGGGAUGGUGGGGAGAUAGGGAUUACGCUUAACGGAGAUUGGGCCGAGCCCUGGGACCCCGAAAACCCAGCGGACGUCGAAGCGUGCGACCGCAAGAUCGAAUUCGCCAUCUCAUGGUUCGCCGACCCCAUCUAUCACGGAAAGUAUCCAGACAGCAUGGUUAAGCAGCUCGGGGACCGACUCCCGCGCUGGACCGCAGAAGACAUCGCUCUCGUUCACGGCAGCAAUGAUUUCUACGGCAUGAACCACUACUGCGCCAACUACAUCAAAGCCAAAACCGGUGAGGCGGAUCCCGACGAUACCGCUGGAAAUCUGGAGAUCCUGCUUAAGAACAAGAAGGGCGAGUUCAUUGGCCCAGAGACACAGUCUGCGUGGUUGAGACCGUAUGCGCUUGGAUUCCGGAAGCUGUUGAAAUGGCUGAGUGAUCGGUAUGGUCAGCCUAAAAUCUAUGUUACGGAGAAUGGGACGAGCUUGAAGGGCGAGAAUGACUUGCCGCUGGAGGAGCUGCUGAAGGAUGAGUUCCGGACGCAGUAUUUCCGUGAUUAUAUUGCUGCUAUGGCGGAUGCGUACACGCUGGAUGGGGUGAAUGUGCGGGCUUAUAUGGCUUGGAGUUUGAUGGAUAACUUCGAAUGGGCUGAAGGUUACGAGACCCGGUUUGGGUCGACCUACGUCGACUAUGAGCAUGGCCAGAAGAGGAUCCCGAAGGACAGUGCGAAACAGAUCGGCCAGAUAUUCAGCCAGUAUAUUGAGAAGACAUUAUAA